AUGUGUUAUACAGGAAACUGUGAGCAAUACAGGGAGACAAUUAAGUCUAUUGGUGAGAGAGAUAGUCUGUUAACUGAGACAAGGGAUAAAAAAAGACGCCUGGAGGAGAGCAUCACAAAAUUGCAAGACAACUCCCCAGAGUCGGUAGACAAGAUUGCCGAUCUCAAAAAGCAACUAUCAGAUUUAGUGGCAUCUACAGAACCAGAUGAGGUUGAGAUGAGCAAUUUCAAGCGUGUUGCAGCACGCGAAGCUCUUUACCUUCUUCUCAAUGGUAUGCAUGAGCUGGCAAGCAAGACAGAUAUUAUUUCAUCAUUCGGAAAGUAUAUUGUGGAUGAGUUGGAUGUAACGCCAAUAACACCUGGUCAAGAAAGAUCUACUUACCAAGGAACUAAUAAGACCGCGCGUAUUGUAAAGGAUGCAACCAAUGCUAUCACCAACUGGAAGCCAGACAAAGCAAAAGUCCGCCGGACACUUACAUCACAU